AAACCAGAAAAAUGGAACCAAUCCGAACCAGGCACCUCAAACACAAACUAGAGCUUUUGCCCGUUUUGGCUUCCUUUCAGGAGAUAAAAUAGCGAGAAGAGAGAAUGGGCGUAGCUAUGCUACACGCGGGCUUCAUCUCCUUCUCAUCCUGCAUUCCUUCUUUUUCAAGUGGUGGUCUUAGCAGAAGAUGUACAAGAUUCUCCUUCACUAAACUACACAGGCCUCUUGCAAUGUCAAGCUUGAGUAAUGAUCCUAUACGGGAAUGGAUCCUAUCAGAAGGAAAGGCAAAUGAGAUUACAAGAAUUAGUCCUGUUGGAGGUGGUUGCAUCAAUCUCGCUAGUCGUUAUGACACUGAUGCUGGUUCCUUCUUCGUUAAAACUAACAGACCGCGACCGAUAUAUCGAGAUCGAUGUGGAACGUUCCAGGCCGCGACCGUGACCGCGACCACGACUUUGAACCACUGGAGCAUUGAACCAUCAAUGUUUGAGGGAGAGGCUUUAGGUUUGAAUGCUAUGUACGAAACUAGAACAGUCCGUGUGCCUAAACCAUUUAAGGUCGGUCCGCUUCCAACAGGUGGUUCAUAUAUUAUCAUGGAAUUUAUUGAGUUUGGUGCUUCUAGAAGUAAUCGAUCUGUACUAGGGAGGAAGCUUGCUGAAAUGCAUAAAACAGGGAAAUCUGAGAAUGGCUUUGGUUUUCAUGUGGAUAACACCAUUGGAAGCACUCCACAGAUUAAUACUUGGACAUCAGACUGGGUAGAAUUUUAUGCGGAGCAUAGACUGGGUUACCAACUGAAGUUGGCAAGACAACAGUAUGGUGAUUCGACCAUAUAUGAAAGAGGACUAAGGUUGGCAAAGAAUAUACGGCCUCUUUUUGAGGGUGUAGCGAUAGAGCCUUGCUUGUUGCAUGGGGACUUAUGGAGUGGGAAUAUCACUUCUGAUAGAAAUGGAGAACCUGUCAUCCUUGAUCCAGCUUGCUACUAUGGGCAUUGUGAAGCAGAAUUUGGAAUGUCAUGGUGUGCUGGAUUUGGAGGAUCUUUCUACAAUGCUUACUUUGAGGUGAUGCCCAAGCAACCGGGUUUUGAGAAAAGGAGAGAACUGUAUCUGCUGUAUCAUUACCUUAAUCAUUACAAUUUGUUUGGCUCUGGUUAUCGAUCAUCUGCCAUGUCCAUAAUUGAUGACUAUCUGCUCAUGUUAAAAGCUUAGGCUAAAGAUCUUUUUUUCUUUUUUAAGGCUAGGCUAAAGAUGGUUCAAAGAUGUACUAUUUCAGUGUAAAUUCUGUAAUCCGAUUUUGUCUGUAAAUUAUGCCCAAUAACAUCAUCAGUUGACCAGCAUCCUUAGGCCAUUGGUUUCUGUCAUGUCUGGUUGGCCUGUCCCCUCCUCUCCCACUGUUUCAUAUCUAGUGAACAAUGGGCGGAGCGACGGCCAUCAAACAAAUUCUAUCCGUUUAUAUGAUCUUUUGGUUAUAUCAUUGAUAAUGGAGUAUUCUCUUA